CCCACCUUUUCUGCAGCCGCUGUGAACCGGCUUCAGAACAUCAGGCGCAUGGAGCCAUUCCAGGGACCCUCAAAAUGGGUCCCCACGCUAGGCGAGCUGCAGAAGACCCUCCAGAGGGGCGAGUACCUGCCCCUCCGCCCGCUGCCCAUGUUCGAGAGUAACUUUGUUCAGGUGACCAAUCGAGGGGCCCCUGUGUACGUGCACCACAGAACCAACCGUGUGACCAUGGGUGUGGCUGCCUCCCAGCCUGGCCUGGUGUUGCCAGACAUCCUGCUGAUCGCUCAGCCCCCGGAGGCCAGGGAGUGCUCCAGCCUCGUCCUCACCAGGAUGCUCCCGCUGGACCUGACCCGCCUCUACGUGCAUGACCUGUCCUCCUGGCGCCUGAAACUGCGCCUGGUCACGGGCCGCUGCUACCACCUGGAGCUGGAUGCGCCCCGCAACGAGGCCGGCUUCCUGUUUGACCGCUGGAUCCGGCUCAUCAAUCUGCUCCAGGAGCCCGCCACUACCUGGCUCCCCAGGACCCCGCAUGGGCCCGCCAGGGACCCGGCCAGCGUCAAACCUCCUGCCUCCACCUGGCGCCUCCAGGACCGGCCCCAGUCCGGACGUUCGGUCAUGACUGUGGAGCCCAACUUUCCUUACAAGAUACUGACACUUCAGAAACAGAGGAAGGCCAGGACCCUCAAGCGCAAAUUCAAGUCUCAGGCCGUGGGCGACUCUGUGCCUCUCAUCUGGUCACAGCAGGAGCACGCUGAGCCUAGAAGGAAAUCUGCAGAAAAGAAGUCCCAACGAAACCCCCACCCUGACACAUCUCAGACCCACAUCCAGGUUACCGAGAAGCCCAGCAUCACCAUCCGUACCGUCUUCAGCAUCGUCUCCAACACCAUCAACCACACACAGUCCUCUUCCAAGUGUUUCUCUUCUGACUCAGACACGGCCACAGUCCUGGGCGGUUUAAUUGAGACCCCCAUCCGCUGUGCCUCCGCAGACACCCCUAAUAUUUCCUUGCUGGAAUCCUAUGAUCCCUUCAACACGUACCUGUGGCAGCAGGACAUUGAAAACCUGAUGGACCCCGAUACCAGCACCUUGUCCUCGUCCUCCUUCUCCCCAGCCACCUACCCUCCCUGCUUCUCCCUCCCAGCCGCUUACUCCUCCUCCCACAGGCGCAAGGAAAAGGCCCAGGCUCUGGGAUCCGGGCAGAGGCAGCGGCCUCCACCCUCUCAGAAGACCGCAGCUGCCCGCGUCGCCGCUUGGAAGGUUCCAUUCCUCCGUGACCAGUCCAAGAGGGUCUCAGCAAUGCAUGAUCCAUCCCAGAAGAUGUCGACUGCACCCGGCCCACCCCGGGGGGCCCCAGUGGUACCCGCUGUUACCCAGAAGACCCCAACAGUACAUGGCCCCCCUUGGAAGGCCCCACCUGUAUCCGUUACUUCCCGGAAGGCCGCAGCCAGUCCUGGCCCGGCCCGGAAGGCCCCACCUGUAUCGCCUACUUCCCGGAAGGCUGUAUCUUCCUCUGUCCCAGGAAGGAAAUCCGUGUUCCUACCUGCCCCAUCCCAGAAAGCUCUGACCUCACCUACUCAACAGCAGAUGACACUGGACACUGCCACUUUGGGCACGUUGCCCACAGGAGGUCCUAGACGGCGUGUGCUCGAGAGAAGCCAGAGUGAGGGGACGCCAGGACCAAUGAUGUUUGUGGGCACCCAGGAGAUGGACCUGAUAGAGACAAGGACCCAGAAAACAUCCCAGGACCUGCCUUUUACCACCACCAAGAAGGAGUCGGAGGAGGUCGUGCUCACUAAAGCCCUGAAGAUCACCCUGGAUGGCUUGAAGGGCAGGGGCAAGUUGGAGGACAAGGUCCACAGAAAGAAGGAGGAGAUAUCCCUGGACAAGCCUGGCUUAACCUCCCAGACGGUGGGGCAACAGCAGAAGUGGCUCAAGACCCAGGAGGUGGUCAUCCAGGGACCCCCAGAGGAGCAAAGCAGGCCGUUCUCGGUGGAGGGGCUCACCCUUGCCAAGCUGAUGAUCAUGGCCAACUCCAAGGAACCGCCCCUGAGGCCCGCAACAGUCAAUCCGUCCUCCUGGCUCUCGAACCCCCCGAUGCCUGACAUGUCAACAGUCAGCCCCAGUGAGGUGCCCUUGCUGCAGGGGACACCAGAGGUGGUUGGAGAGCAGUCCCUGUUUGGCACCUGGGUGAAGGAGAGAAUGCAUCCGUGGGCUGAAGGGAGCAUGUAUCGCUGGGUAGAGGCACAGCCCCAGGUUCCAAAAGAGGCUUCCGAAGUGCCUGGCCUCCCCAGGCAUGAGGCCAGCAGCCUGAUGAUGGACAAUGUCUCCCCAGAGCCCAUCAGUCUGCCUGCAUCAAAGUGGGAGGAGGUACCCCCGUGGCCCAUCUCACUGACCCCCAUCUCAGAGAUGAAGGCCAGUGUGUUCCAGCAGCCAAAGAGAGCAUCUCUUGAGCCUGAGGGGCAGUCAGACCAGCUGGAGGGGAGGUCAGACCAGCUCAAGAAGACUCCAGACCAGCUGGAGGGGAUGCCAGACCAGCUCAAGAGGACUCCAGACCAGCUUGAGGGGAUAUCGGACCAGCUCCAGAGGAUGCCAGACCAGUUUGAGGGGAUGCCAGACCAGCUUGAGAGGAUAGACCAGCUCAAGAGGAUGUCAGACCAGCUCCAGGGGAUGUCAGACCAGAGUCCCCUGGCCAUAACAAAGUUGUCCUCUGAUGUUAUCUUACCAACGCUCGUAGAAAAUGAGAAUAUGAUGGGCAUGGCCCCCGAGGUGGAGGACAUAGAGGAACCGGGUGCUUACAGUCCUUCAGCCAGCAUACAGAGUUCCCAGAGCCUUCAAUAGCGGGAUUCGGGGGGAGUCAAUCUCAAUCGCCAAAGUGUCCAAAGGAGCCCAGCGUGACCAGGCCCCCAGGGUGCUGUGCACCUGUACCGUAAGAAGCAGGGUGCUGAAAAGCCCGGGGGGGGGGGGGGACGCUCCCUCUAGGGUAGAGACCAGAGCUAUCUAUACGUUUAUAUACUGGGG